GCCUCAGACGCCAAAACAAUAUGGCGGUCAGUGUUUGUUGUUUUUAUAGCUAGGAAAUUUUUAUGGCAGUUAGGAGGAGGUGGCGCGUGCCUAGACUGAAGACAGGAGGCUCCUCGGGCAGUGAUGGUGAUACAUUGAGAGGCCUGGCAGUCUCAGUGAUGGUGACACAUUGAGGAAGUCACAGCAAGAUGCCAACACCAGGUAGAGGUCCAGGUCGGCCUCCAAAAAAUCCUCGCACAUGCACAUGGUGUUCCGAAGUCAAGUCGCAACUCAAGUAUGUGUUCCCAACAAGCUCAGGAAAACGAGAAUUUUGCUCGGAAAUGUGCCUAUCAGAAUACAGAAAAGCCCUCAUGAAGGGUACCUGUGCCAAUUGUGACAAUGUUAUCCGGUCGACACCAGUGAAGUGCGAGACAUCUUCUGGUCGUCGGCGAGAACUCUGCAGCAACGAGUGCCUUAAGGCUUGGGCCAAGAAGGAAAAGGAGAAAGAACAGGCUGAAGUGGAAGAAGAAGUUGGGGUUGCUUCCUCGUCUUUCUCGUCCAUGACCACUCCUCCGUCGAGCAUGUCGCCAUCCUCUGGAAACGGAGUGUCUCCCAGUGAGAAAGCUCUUGGCAUGGAAGCGGCUGCGGGUAGGAAAGGUCGUGGUGUGAGUGCCGCUGCUCUAGCCCAGAUCGAAGCUGCUGCAGAGUUCACCUGGGAAGACUACCUCACAGACACUAACUCACUCCCCUCUCCUGCCAAGUGCUUUAAGCAGCACAAGAUACCACCAAAGAAUGAGUUCAAAAUUGGAAUGAAGCUUGAAGCUUUGGACCCACGAAAUCUGACAUCAACUUGUAUAGCUACAGUAGUAGGUACAUUGGGGCCUAGGCUGCGUCUGAGGCUAGACGGCUCGGAUAAUAAGAAUGAUUUCUGGCGUCUUGUGGACUGUAACAACGAGAUACACCCCAUCGGCCACUGUGAAGAACAUGGUGGAAUGUUACAGCCUCCUCUUGGUUUCCGUAUGAAUGCAUCGUCGUGGCCAAUGUUCCUACUGAAGACUCUACACAAUGCAGAAGUGUCGCCUCCACAUAUAUUUCGCACAGAGCCACCGACACCAGCAAAAAAUAAUUUUGAAGUAGGCAUGAAGCUGGAGGCUGUAGACAAAAAAAAUCCUCAACUCAUCUGUGCUGCAACUGUAGGUGCGGUGAACGGUGACAUGAUCCACGUGACCUUCGAUGGGUGGCGAGGAGCGUUUGACUACUGGUGCCGGUAUGACUCUCGGGACAUCUUUCCAGUUGGUUGGUGUGCCAUGUCUGGCCAUCCCUUACAACCUCCAGGACAGAUGUGGGGUCCUCCGAGCAGCCGGUACAAGGCUCGCGUGUUAAAUAUUCCACCUCCUCUGGCAGGACCAUCAUCUAAGUCCUCAGAAAUAGUCCCAGAGAAGAGCCCGUCAUGUUCAGAAACUUCACCUACUAAGUCUGGGAGCCGCAGCAGGCACCGGACGCCUUCCCCGCCUCCCGUCAGUCCCACCCUAAGUCACCAAUCAACUCCCUCCAAGUCACAAAGUUCAUCAGUUGCCAAGCCAUCAUCAACUACUAAAACACCAGCUAACAAAUCAUCUUCAUCAUCAACAGUUAAACUUUUAUCUUCAUCAAGCAAAGCAUUGCCCUCUAAACCGUCGUCAUCCAAACCAUCGUCGUCGUCGUCGUCAGCAUCAUCAACGUCGUCGUCAUCAGCAUCGUCGUCGUCGUCGUCGUCAUCAUCGCCGUCAUCGCCCAUGAAGACCCCUGCAGGAUCAGCGGGUUCAGAUAGCAAUUCCACCUCAGCCAUUAUUAGUCAGUCGGAGACAUCCACCAGUAGCACCAGUACAGUAGCAACCAUAAGUUCAUCUACCAUUAAUCCGACUCACUCAUUACCUUCAGCACCCGUAUCGCCCGAACCACCAACUUCUCCGUCGGUGUCAUCCUCUCACAAACCAGUAACCUCAUCUUUGGGGUCCAGCAGCAGUACGGGUUCGGCCGUGCCAGGUGCUGUUAAACAAGAGUCGACAAAACCAAUUCAGCUUCACCAUACUCAAAAUAUUACAGUGACUGAACCUGAUACCUCAACUGUCCAUAAAUUAAGUGCCUCAGUCAUUGUGCAUGUUAAUCACGGGUGUACGUGCGGUCCGUACCUGGACAGCGGCCGAGUGGGAGAACUUCCGCUGCAGUUUGGCCCCGGCAGUCUGAACCGUGUCGUGCGGGAGUCCGUACAAGCUCUUGUGGAUGCUUCGCCAGAUCCUCGGACCGUUACUUCCCUACUACCUCACGGAAAUGGCAAAGUCAUUAUCAAAACUGCUGUAGAUGGUGAGCCAGAGACGCACCGCCUUCCGUCUUUGGAUAAGGUGGAGGACUUUUGGAGUGUGUUGGAAACGCUCUUCGAAGAUCUCAUGUGCUGUGAAAAUUUUUACACCCAACAACCAGUGAGCCAAUGUACAAAAUGUGCACGCCAGAGUCCUGCGCAGUUCAAAAGAGUUUUCCACUUUGGAACAGAACAAGAAGCUGCACAUCAAGUUGCAAUAGGUGGAAAGAGAGCAGCUUCCACCGAGCCAUCUGAUGCUGUCACUCCCUCCAAACUUGCUAAACCAAUCUUACAAGAGCCAUCCCCCUCCUCGCUGAGUGAGCCGGGCCAGAGUCCUCGGCCCCGUGGCGACCCGGCCGAGUGGACCGUUGAGGAAGUCAUCACACACAUUGCCAACACAGAUUCUGCCUUAGCAAAUCACGCAGAUCUGUUCAGACGACACGAGAUCGAUGGAAAGGCUUUGUUAUUACUCAACAGUGACAUGAUGAUGAAGUAUAUGGGACUUAAGCUUGGUCCUGCUCUCAAGAUCUGUAACCUCAUUAACAAGAUACGUGGACGUAAACACUUGGUCACGUAAACGGUGCAACUAAAAACUACGGGUUGUCUGGAGCGGUAUGUUGCUGCCUUGUCGGAGGAUGUUUACUUUAUGAAGGUGUGGUUUGUGUAGUUGAUGCUGUACCAGGAAUAAUGGGGUACAGAGAGUUGGUGCUGUGCCAGGAAUAAUGGGGUACAGAGUUGAUGCUGCGGCAGGAAUAAUGGGGUACAGAGAGUUGAUGCCAUGCCAGGAACAAUGGGGCACAGAGUUGGUGCUGUGCCAGGAAUAAUGGGGCAGAGAGAGUUGAUGUCAUGCCAGGAAUAAUGGGGCAGAGAGAGUUGAUGUCAUGCCAGGAAUAAUGGGGCACAGAGUUGAUGCCAUACCAGGAACAAUGGGGCACAAAGUUGAUGCCAUGCCAGGAAUAAUGGGGCACAGAGUUGAUGUCAUGCCAGGAAUAAUGGGGCAUAGAGUUGAUGCCAUGUCAGGAAUAAUGGGGCAGAGAGAGUUGAUGCCAUGCCAGGAAUAAUGAGGCAGAGAGAGUUGAUGCCAUGCCAGGAAUAAUGGGGCAGAGAGAGUUGAUGGUGUGCCAAGGAUAAUUGGCCAAGAGGGAAGCUGUUCACCUACACUCGGGGCAUCGUGAUGGUCUGUGUCCACAGUUAUCAUUCUUAUCCAAAACUUACGCAGAAAGUAAUUAUUUUAAAUAUCCAGUGCACUUUUUUAUUUAUUUAUUUAUUUAUUUAUUUAUGUAUUUAUAUUAAUUAUCAAUUUAAUUUCUGUUUGGGUAAAUUGGCAUCAUCCUUGAAGGAAAACUUUUGUCAAUAUAGAUAGUUAAAAAUAUAUAAUGACAGACUGUACUUGUUUCUUUCUAAUUACACCCUUGGUAAUCAACAUGUGUAUGUUGUUUUAUGUUUAACAAAAUGUAAUUUUAAAUGAUAUAGUUUUGCAUUUGUUGAGAUAUGUAGUUAAUUGUUUCCACUGUCAUGUGGUGGUCACUAAAAUAAAUAUACUCUAAUUAUACAGUUGUGAAUGGUGA